CUAUCGCCGAGUUUACUGCAUCACAAUGUUAAAACAUCUUACACUACCGUACUGGAUUAUUCCCAAAAGAUACUGAGUAUUAACACAGAGAUAACUCUCGCUUUACAAUCGGGGAAGACGGCUUCUCCCUAUAAGCUUUCCUGCUCUUGUUGCCACUAAACCCGUGUUUGGGUUAGGAUGCAACCAUGUUCAGGCAUAAGAAUCAUCGCCCUGCAGCGUACGUUGCUUAUGUGGAUACUCCUUUAUACAAGCCUGGGUUGCAUUUGUUUCUCCAAAGGCACAUGUAAUAAAUACCAAUGAGAGAUGCGAGAAUUUCUCUCGAUAAUCUCUUUUCUUCUUCCACUCUAUCAACUUUACAGUACAAUCACAAUGGUGACCAGUCGGUUCUCACUAAUUGCCUUGCUCGUUGUUGCUGUGGUAUCAUCAAUUGCUUCCGCCGGACAACAAACGACUUGCAAAUGCGGUGACGAGAAAGACACAAAGUUCUGCUGCAACGACUUGGGAGGAACAUACUUUUUCGACAGUGCACGAUGCAGUAUCAGAGACGAUGGUGAUAGAAUAUCAUCAUUCGAGCAUUGCUGCUACGAUGGUUUUGAGAGGUUUUAAAAGACAAUUGAUUAGCAGGUACCCUGUACGCUAUCUCCCCUUUUAUAAUGCAGCAUGUAUGAGUCAUGGUUUCACUGACCUCUCUUAUUAUUGUAGAACUUACAAUUAUGAUCCUCAGAAGGCGCUGGAUUUGUA